ACGGCACGGCACGGCACGGCUCUGCUGCGCCGCUUGUGCAGCACGGCUCUGCGGAGGAGGAAGCGCUGGUCUGCUGCGCCGAGCCUCUGUCGGUCGUCAGGCUGCGAUCACAUAGCGAAGAAAAGGCAAAGUGAAAAGCGUCUGGAUGUGUCGUUGUCGCGGGGGCGGCGGCCCCGCGGUGUCCCGGGUCAACAUGUCAGUGUCAGAGACCCCAGAGCCGCACAGGCUGCACAGGGUCACGGACAAACUCAUCACGAGGCGUCAACUUCAGAUAAAUGAGUUUAUCUGCCUGAGGAGUGCAAAAGAAAAUGGAAGAACAUGAGAGACCGCUACUUGAAGGAAGUCCGAAUGGAGAUCAAAAGCAAGAAGCAAGGGGAGGUCGUGCAGAGCCGGUGGAAAUACAGACAACUGAUGAAUUUUAUCGCACCCUUCACUGGGUCAAGAAGCGGCGUGGCAGACAUCUGCGGCAACGAAGAUGACGACCACGACAACCCUGACAACGAAUCUGGCAGCGUGGAGGGGGAAAGCGUGUCAUCUGAGGUGGUCAAGGCGCCGCAGUCGAUCAUGAAGGCCCCUGUGAGCCAACCUGACCUCAAGCCCCAGUUGGCGUUUGUGACGCAGGUUCCUUCAAUGUCCCAGGACACGCAGAUGGCGCAGCUGGCUGUUAUGGCCAAGCUGCCGUCAACCUCUCAGAUCACACCCAUUAGCAAGACCGGGCGGAAACGGCGCCUGAUUCAAGAGUCACUUUCGUUGCCUUCCUCUCAAAGUAUACAGUCCCCGACAAAAUGGCUGGUCAAAGACAAUGGCGCCUCAUUUCCCACCAGGCCCCGGGAUGAGGAUGAACUAUUUCUGCUGAGCUUUGUUCCUGCUCUCAAGCGACUCGCUCCACAGAAAAGGUGCGAGACAAAAAUAAAGAUCCAGCAGAUUAUGUACGAGGCCGAGUUCAACGUGACGCAGUCAGAGUCCCAAGAGAAACACACAAAGCAAGAAACACAAGACUGAACCAAACCAACUUUUUUGUACUUUAUUCUGUUUUCUAUAAACUUCUUCCACAGAAUGA